GCUGUUUUAGGCCUACUGUAGAUUUCGCUACAAAAGACCUAAAAUAUUUUUAGUAAAAACUAAAAUGUAAAAUAUACAGCUCUAGUCAAGACUAGAUCUAGCAGACACCUAGAUCUAGAUUUAGAUCGGAAAUCAUCCGAUUAAACCAUCAAAGAAUUCUUUACGAAUUAAGAUGGAGGAUGAAGAGCUUCUUAUCAAGUUAGAACCAAUGGAUAAUGUGCUUCCUGAUGCAACAACAAUACAUCAACCCAAAACUUCAGAUGAGUCUGGUAUUUUUGAAGUCUUAUCUGAAAUUAAGUCAGAGUUUCACAAGGAUUUUACAGAUAUUCAAAGAUCAACUAGGUCAGCAUCUGUGGGUUCAGAUGUAAUAAAAGAAGAACUGUGUGGAAGUUUUAACAGUUGUGAAACUUACAAUGAGCAGCAUAAAAUUUCAUUAAAUGAGACAAGUCACCUUGAAGAAUUAUGCAAAAUAAAGUCUGAUUUGACUGAUGAACAGAGACUAACUACUGCAACAGCUCUCACUUCAGGUUUAUUGAAAGAAGAAUUGGAUGAAAGUUUAGAAAACAGUUUCAAAAAACAGGAGUGUAUCUCAGAACUUGUUGAACAAGUUGGAAGUAAAACAAAAAAAUUUCACUGUCAUGUUUGUAAUGAUACCUUUCUAUUAGUAUCUCAGCUAGAUAAACACAUAGAAAACCAUUUGGCUAAAAACGCAUUUCAGUGUGUUGAUUGUAACAAAAAUUUUGAUCAUAUUGUUACGUUAAAAGCACAUGUUCGUAGACAUGUACUUAAAAGGUAUUUAUAUAGUAGAAUUAGUUAUGCUUCAGUAAAAUACAAUUUUAUUUGCUGUAUGUGCAAUAGAAAAUUCCAGAAUUUAGCUAAAAUGAAAUCACAUGUGUUGUUGCACACUUUGGAAGAAACUGCUAUUUCUCAUAAGUGUGAUGUGUGCCAAAAAGUAUUUUCUAGCAAAGGCCAUCUUAAUCGCCACAAAUCUAUUCACACAAGGCAAACGUUAUCAGAGCUUGACACUCGCCUAGAGACAUUUUCUUGUGAUGUAUGCCUUAAAAUGUUUUGCCAGCAAAGUACUUUAUAUCAUCACAAAAAAUUACACACAUGCAAAAGUACUUUUCAGUGUCAAAUUUGUAAAAAAAUACUUGCCAGUCAAGAAAAUUUAAAUAAACACCAGAGAAUUCAUACAGAAGAGAAGCCUUUUGAGUGUAGUUUGUGUUCUAUAAAGUUCUCUACUAAAAGUACCUUUAAUAAUCACAAAAAAAUUCACGCUGGUGUGAAGUCAUUUGUAUGUGAUGUAUGCAAUAAAGGCUUUACCCUUAAUACUCAUUUAAUUCAACACAAAAGGAUUCAUACUGGCGAGAAACCAUUUGAGUGUGAUAUUUGUUCUAAAAAGUUUAGAUUAAGUUGGAAUUUAAAUAGUCACAAAAGAUUACAUGCAGACGAGAAUGCAUAUCAGUGCAAAGUUUGUCUUAAAAAAUUAACAAGUUCAUCUUAUUUGAAAAAUCACGAAAAAAUACAUUCCAGUUCUAGAGAAAGGCCGUUUGAAUGCAAUGCUUGCUUUAAAAAGUUCAUCGAUAAGGGAAGCUUAGUUAAACACAAACUAAUUCACUCUGGUGUAAAAUCAUUUGAAUGUGACAUAUGCAAUAAAAGUUUUUACCGUAACAGUCAUUUAAAAUUGCAUAAAAGGAGUCAUACAGAACAGUUUCUGUUUGAGUGUCUCUUGUGCCCUAAGAAAUUUCGUCAUAAAAGCGCACUCAAUCAGCACGCAAGGCUGCACGCAGAUAGUAAUGCAUAUCAGUGUGAAAUUUGUCAAAAAAUACUUUCAAGUCAAGCUAGUUUAAAUAAUCAUAAACUAAUACAUUCUCGUAAUGAGCUGUUUGAAUGUGACAUUUGUUUUAAAAAAAUUUCUGAUAAAAAUACUUUAAAAAAACAUAAAAAUUUACACACUGGAUUGAAGCCAUUUUUAUGUGAUGUAUGUAGUAAAGCUUUUAUUCGCCUGACUCAUUUAAAACAGCACCAAAGGAUUCAUACAGGAGAAAAGCCGUAUGAGUGUGAUGUAUGUUUCAAAAAGUUUUCUCUUAAGAAUACACUAAAAAACCACAGUAGAAUACACACAGGCGAGAAGCAAUUUGAAUGUGAAGUGUGCAAAAAGAAAUUUACUCAACAAAGUCAACUCGUCCUUCACUUAAAAUCUCAUACAGGGGAAAAGAAAUAUGAAUGCAAUAUUUGUAAUAAAAGAUUUGUUGUAAGAAAAGCCCUGAACAAACAUAAGCAAGUUCAUACAGGAGAGAAGCCAUACGAUUGUGAUGUAUGCCUCCAAAAAUUUUGUUCAAAGGCUGCUUUAAACAAACACAAAACUAAACAUACUAGUUUGACAUAGCUAAUUGUUAUUGUUAAACCUCUCUAAAGUAAUGUGUGUACAUUCAAGAAGGUACCUUUUUUGGGAGAUUUACUUAAAAAAUGUGUAUUCCAAUUAAUAGAUAUUAAGUUUUCUUAAAAACCAAAUUCAAUCUAUAUGCUAAUACAACUCAAUGGGUAUUCUGUGUGUAUGCAUGGAGAAGUGUGUAUAGGCUAUGUAUAUUUCUUAUUAGGAAGCUAAAAAACAUCAUAUUUUGUACACAAAAUCUGGAUGUACUUAACAGCACACGAUGGGGGUAAAAUAUUAUUGUACACACUUAAAAUGGUAUUAUUAGACUUAAUUAUUUCAUGCAUUCUUUUUAUAAUUUUAUUUUUCAAAUCUAAUUUGUUAAAAUGGGUAUAUUUUUUUCUUUCUGUAAAAUGAAUUUAAAAAAAAAUAAUGUCUACAACUUUACCUGUUUUAAAAUACCAUUUUACCUGUUAUAAAACAAACUAAUUAUGGUAAUUGUAUUUCCUUUCAUUUACAAAGUCUGCAGAAUUAGACAUUUUAACUGUAUACUCCUGGCUUUUGUUUUAAUAUUUUUUACUAGUGCAGUAUCAAUUUGUGUGUCUGGAAGCCUAUCUUAUAUAUGUAGGAUAUUAAGCAUUGUUGCUAUUUGUAAACAUUUGCUUGUUGCUAUGUUACAUACAAAAAAAUCAUUAAAGAAAAUAUGGCCUUUAUAAAUAACUUUGUUGCUGUAAUUAAACAUGUUGUUAUGUAAUAUACAAAAAAUGAUUAAAGAAAA